AUGGCUCACUUCAUCUUUGUCCAGCAGGUUUUUAUUGUCCUGAGGAGGGCUCAGCGGCUCCACAGCAGUGCCCAUUGGGAACUAUCAGUGAAGUCGAUGGUUUGCCCAGCUGCAGUAUCUGUCCCCAGGGGUUUUAUUGUCCCGUCAGCAGUAUCGGUACUUUAUAUGAAAGUUAUGAAUGUCCCAUGGGCCAUUAUUGCCCAUCUGGGACAUGGGCUAAGGAUCAGUAUCCAUGUCCUUCUGGAUCUUUUAACCCACACUUGCGAAUGUCAAAGCCCCAACACUGUCAGCCCUGCCUUCCAGGGUCCUUCUGUGCCUUCCCAGGAAAAGGUAACGCAACAGGGCUGUGUGAUGCUGGAUACUACUGCCUUUCUGGGGCUUCAUCACCCACUCCAACAGAUGGAGGACAUACUGGAGGCUUGUGUCCUGAAGGAUAUCUCUGUGCCACUAGAGGACUCUCUUUCCCCACUCAAGUCUGCCCUGCUGGCUCGUUCUGUCCCGGCGCAGAUAACAAUGUUCUUCAGACGUCAGUGCUUUGCUUCCCCGGAAAUAUGUGCCCCCCUGGAUCUAAAGCACAACUUCCCUGUUUUCCAGGCAGCUACCAGAGCUUACCAGGACAGGUAG